AUGUUCUGGAACAAAUAUUUUGACUCGAUCGGGGUGAAUGUGUUCUUUUGGUCUGCUCUUUGUGGGGCUGAGGAAGUGGAGGAGUGGCCAAUUCUAAAUCGGGAUGAGUUGCUAAGAAAGUUGAGAGGAAUGUCGAGUGAGGAGACAUGUUCUGUGGGGAUGAUUGGGUAUCCCAAUGUUGGAAAGAGUUCGACCAUCAAUGCUCUUCUGAACAACAAGAAGACAGCAGUCUCAGCCACCCCAGGCCGGACAAAGCACUUGCAGACUCAUUUAAUAACUCACGAGGAUAACAAAUUGAUGUUGUGUGACUGUCCAGGACUUGUCAUGCCUAAUUUUGUGAUUGACCAGUCUGAACUAGUCCUAUCCUCAAUACUGCCCCUCUCUCAAAUGAUAGAUUACAUGUCUCCUGCCAUUCUGGUACAUUUUGAAUGUAUCAUUCAGAUUGUCCAACGAAUUCCCAUUUGCGUGCUCAAGCAGUUCUAUAAUGUGACAUUCACUGAGAAUAGUCCUCCACCAUCACAGUAUAAACUCACGGAAGAUUUUUUGGGGACUCUGGCAGGUGGGGACUGGCAGUAA